ACACUUUAUUCAUCGGCGGGACGCGGUACUGAACAGAUUAGUCAACGGCGCUCUGGAGGAGGAGCUGAAGACCAUUCACGCCUUUUCGAUGAAGACCCUGACGCCCGAGCAAUGGGAGAAGCAGAACCAGUAAAUCGCCGUCGGGUUUUCAUUUCCGUCGCGGAGCAGAGUUCGCGCCGCGGGGUUGGCGUCCGAGGGAAGGAGUGACGUCGCCCGCACUGUGGUUGUUCGUUUUUGUUUUUAAAGCGUGACGAAUGUGUGAACUGUUCACAAGAAAAAGAUAAAUAAAAAAUUGAAAAAAGAAUAAGAAAAAAAACCUGUCCUUUACGCUGUGAAAUCGCUAUUCACUGCUUGAUAAUGUCGAGUGCGGACGCUCCGUGGUCGGGCGAGGUGAGGGUGAGCGCGCCGGGGAAGGUGAUCCUCCACGGCGAGCACUCCGUGGUGUAUGGCAAGCGCGCCGUGGCCCUCAGCCUCGACCUGCGCACGCACCUCACGGUCAGCGCCGCCGCCGACUCCGUGUCCCUCUGUCUCCCCGACGUCGAAAUCAACAAGACGUGGUCGCUGGAGGAGCUACGGGCCCUGUGGAAGCAGAUGGGCGGCACGCAGGCAGCGGACCCCGCGCCGCUCGCCGACGCCCAGGCCGUUCUCCUGCGCAAGUUCCUGGGCAUCGAGGCGGACGCCGGCAGCCCGCCUCGCAAGCUGGCCCUGCUGUCGUUCCUCCACCUGUACCUGGCCAUCUUGCCUCGUCCUCUGCCCUUGCAGAUCUCCGUCAGCAGUCAGCUCCCGACCGGCGCCGGCCUCGGCAGCUCUGCGGCCUAUGCGGUGUGCUUGUCGGGGGCGCUGCUGCACAUCGCGGGGCGCCUCGGUCCGGGCGAAGACCAGGCCAACCUGGAGAAGGUGUGCCAGUGGGCCUUCCGGAGUGAGCAGAUUAUCCACGGGACGCCCUCGGGCAUCGACAAUUCCAUCUGCACAUACGGCGGCGCAGUCAACUUCAAGGGCGGCACCAGCGCGCCCGUUGAGGUGCCUCCUCUGCACGUGCUGCUAGUGAACACGAAGGUGCCGAGGAGCACCAAGGCGCUCGUCACGGGGGUCCGCGAGCGCCGUGAGCGGCACCCGAGUGUCAUCGACCCGAUCCUGGACUCACUGGACGCCCUGGCCGAGCGCGGGAUCCAGGCGCUGCACGACCUGGCCUCGGCGACCAGGGACCAGGACCGCGCCGCCGCCCACGAGACCGUCGGGGAGCUGCUAGAGAUCAACCAUUCGCUGCUGUGUGCCCUGGGCGUGUCGCACCCGAGCCUGGACCGCCUGGUGGCCCUGGCGCGGGCGAACGGCCUCAGGGGCAAGCUGACGGGCGCGGGCGGAGGGGGUUUCGGGAUCGUGGUGGAGGGCGUGUCCGGCAAAGAGGGCGUGGCCAAGUGCUGCCACGACCUCGAGAGCCGUGGCUACCAGGUGUGGCGCACGUGCCUCGGGGCGCCCGGAUUCACCAUCCACCACGCGCAGUAACUGCAUUUACUUUGUUCUGCAAGCUAUUCGUUAAUUUUUCUGCCAUGACACUCUUGAUAUUAUUACCAAGCAAUGAGUAGAACUGGAUGUAAUCCUGUUAGUGGUUUCCAAGUGAAGGGCCUGAACAUGUCUGUGAUUAGUAACUGUGAAUAUUUUCUGGUUUAACACCAAGGCUUUAGUCUGAAUUUAGGUCAGCGCUUGACAUUUCGUUUGUUUUAGGCGAUGCAAAAUACUCCUGUUACAGCAAUUGCAUAAUUUGUUAUUGUAAUCAUGACAUUUAUUUUAAUAAAUGAUUCGGACAUGACAAAA